CUUCUUUUCCUCUCCUCUCGUCUCUGCUUGACUCGGCGCCCGUCCCUUCCUCUUUCUCCUUGAAUAUCACCCCCACACCAAUCUCUCUGCGUCUCAUUGAUGCGUCGUCACUUCUGCUGAAGUCGAUUCUGGUCUUCAUUGGUCAGAAUCUCCCUGAGUAGUUCCUUCUAUCAGGCGGCUAGGUUUGCCCGACUCGGCGCACGAGGACUCUUUCCCAGCCUCAGGGCUCGCUCAUUUCAUACCAAUCCUCCUGUGCGCCUUCAAGGCUUUCGAAUCACCACCAUGAGCUCAUCUGAGGAUGACAUCCCUCUCGCGCGCGCGAACGGCCGCGCCAAGGCCACUCCCUCCUCCAACAAGUCUCCCACGACAAACGGUGAUCUCGACCCCGGCAUGUCGGUUCGCUUUGGCCCCGUGCGAGAUAAAGACGUGGCAAUGAAGGACGCGGAUGCGCCUGCCCUGAGCAAGCGCAAGUCUCGGGCCAGCAUUGACAACAAAAUGUCAUAUGCUGAGCCCGAGAGCAGCGAAGAUGACCAGCCCUUGAGCAAGCGCCGGCGAACCUCUGUCAAGCACGAGGACCCCGAGUCGGAUGAUGAUGUCCCUCUCGCCCUCAACGGACGAAAGCUCCCAAAGGCUUCUGAGACUGCUAUUGGCGAAGAAUCCGACUCUGACGUCCCAAUUGAGCGCAAACUCACCGCACAGAAGAAGAAGAUUGAGAAGCGGGCGGAGAAAGUCGCUAGUAUCGCACGCAAACCCUCGGCCUCCAAAUCCAAGCCUGCAGCUAUGCCCAAGAAGGCCACCAAUGGCGUCAAGAAGGAAACUGCGGAUGAUAAGUCUUCUGUGAAGAAGGUCAAGGCCGAACCGGUUUCUCCGAAGAAGGGCAAAGCCAAGGUGAAGGCGGAGAGUGAGGAUGUCGAAGACGGGGAGGAAGAAUAUCGUUGGUGGGAAGAUCCUACCAAGGGCGAUGGGACCAAGAAGUGGACCACCCUUGAGCACAACGGUGUGGUGUUCCCUCCGCCCUACGAGCCCUUGCCCAAGAAUGUCAAGUUGAAGUACGACGGCAUUCCUGUGACUCUUCAUCCCGAGGCCGAGGAGGUUGCUGGCUUCUUCGGAACCAUGCUCAACUCGACGCAUAACGUGGAGAACCCUGUCUUCCAAAAGAACUUCUUUUCGGAUUUCAAGGACAUCCUGAAGAAAACCGGCGGUGCCAAGGAUUCCAAGGGCAACAAGGUUGAUAUCAAGGAGUUUGUCAAGUGCGACUUCAAGCCUAUCUUCGAGUACUACGAUGCGCAGCGUGAGGAGAAGCGAAAUCUCCCUGCAGCCGAGAAGAAGCGUCUAAAGGCCGAGAAGGAUGAGCAAGAAGCUCCCUACAUGACAUGCACCUGGGAUGGUCGUCAGCAAAAGGUCGGCAAUUUCCGUGUUGAACCGCCCUCGCUAUUCCGUGGCCGAGGUGAACACCCCAAGACUGGACGCGUCAAGACCCGCGUACAGCCCGAGCAAGUCACCAUCAACAUCGGCAAGGAGGCCAAGGUUCCCCCGCCACCCCCCGGUCACAACUGGAAGGAGGUGAAGCAUGACCAGGAGGGCACGUGGCUUGCUAUGUGGCAGGAGAACAUCAACGGUAACUACAAGUAUGUCAUGCUGGCUGCCAACUCCGAUGUCAAGGGCCAAAGCGACUAUAAGAAAUUCGAGAAAGCCCGCGAGCUCAAGAAGCACAUCGACAAGAUCCGCAAGGAUUACACCAAGAACAUGAAGAACGACUUGAUGGUGGAGCGUCAAAAGGCGACUGCGGUCUACUUGAUUGACAAGUUUGCUCUGCGUGCUGGCAACGAGAAAGGCGAAGACGAGGCGGAGACUGUCGGCUGCUGCUCGUUGAAGUACGAGAACAUCACUCUGAAGCCACCACAAACCGUCGUCUUCGACUUCUUGGGUAAAGAUAGUAUUCGGUUCUACGAUGAGGUUACGGUAGACCCACAAGUUUUUAAGAACUUGAAGAUCUUCAAGAAGGCGCCCAAGAAGAACGGAGAUGAGAUUUUCGACCGUCUGACUACCUCCGCACUCAACAAGCACUUGCAGAAUUACAUGCCUGGCCUGACAGCCAAGGUGUUCCGUACCUACAAUGCUUCCUUCACCAUGAGUGAGUUGCUCAAGGAUUUGAAGGCUGCUGGCACGAUUCCCGAGAAGAUCAAGGCCUACAACGACGCCAACCGCCGGGUCGCCAUUCUGUGUAACCAUAAGCGAACGGUCGGAGCUGCUCACGCCAAUCAGAUGGAGAAGAUGAGCGAACGGAUCAAGGGACUUCGCUAUGAAAAGUGGCGCCUGAAGAUGCAGAUGCUUGAUCUCGAGCCUUCGCUCAAGAAGAAGAGAGGUGCUUCCUUCUUCGAGCUGGAUGAGGACUUGACCCCCGAGUGGGUCAAGGAAUAUCAAGCUUUCAAGAUUGAGGAGCACACCCAGAAGGCCACGAAGAAGUUCGAAAAGGAGAACGAAAAGCGCGUAGCGGAUGGCGAGAAGCCAAUGAAGGCAUCCGAGCUCACCGAGCGGUUGAGCGUCGUCAAAGACCUCGAGAAGAAGUAUACCAAGGAGAACAAGACUGGCAAGGUAGAGGCCGAGGGUCGUGGCCCUACUAUUGAAAAGAUCGAGGGCAGCAUCAAGAAGAUGGAGCAGCGCAUUGAUGCCAUGUUGCUCCAGGCCCAGGACAAGGAAGAUAACAAGGAGGUUGCCUUGGGUACCUCAAAGAUUAACUACAUCGACCCUCGUCUCACCGUUGUCUUCAGCAAGAAGUUCAAUGUGCCCAUUGAGAAGUUCUUCUCCAAGGCUCUUCGUGAGAAGUUCGAAUGGGCCAUUAAGUCCGUUGAGGAGGAUUGGGAGUUCUGAGCUUUUCCCAUCUACAAUCAUGACUGCACAUCGCGGUCGUGAUUGUCCGUACAUUAUCGUCUUUUUGCCUCUUCGGGCCCUGGACAGUGGACAGCUGACUUUUGCUCCCUCAUCCUUGUCUGUCUUUUCUUCCAUGGCAUUUGUUUCCCACGAAGCAAGAUGCUGGUUCUCGCCGCAUUUCAAUGCUUGCCCACCUCGUUGGUAACACCCUUGAAGAACAAUCCCAGGAGUUUACCACAAUACAGGCGCCAGAUGCCGUUCAUGGCUCUCCACGGAGACUCCAACCACAGCAAACAUAAAAAAAUCUGCAAAAAAAAGACUUCAGUCGCAUUGCAUUGAACUCGGUUGUUUUUGAUUGCGACGUUGCCUUUGCAUUCAGCCCUGUCUUUUUUCGAUCAGUCCAUAGUAGCCUAACACAGCUCGGAUGGAAGAUCACAAUGUAUUCUACCAUAUCUUUUAUGGCAUUUUUCGUAGAAUACAAGUAGAUCAGGACAUUGGGGAGCGGACCCCCCGGUAAGCACAUAGUUUUCAAUGGAUAUUUCUCCGUCUAUGAGAUGAUCCGUCUGGUCUCUUUAUGUUUGGCCUUGCAGAUUCCUGGCUGCUUCUCUAG